AUGGCUCCUAGUUAUUCUAAGAAGCGCAAGGUCCUUGAUGGCCUCAAGGGCAAGACCGGUCGCACCAAGAAAUUCCGCAAGCAGCGUGAUUACCACAGCAGCUCCGAGGAGGAGAGCGACAAUGAGAACUUCGCCGCCGUCAAUCUUGAAGACUCGGAUGCCGAAGACGAUGGUGGUGUUUCAGUGAACAAGAAGGCCACACCUGAGCCUCCUGCGAAGAAGAAGAAGACAAGCUCAGCACCCACGCCGAAAAAAUCAGAGGAAGAAUCAGACAUCACCGACGAUGAGGAGAUUGAACUAGACGACGAAGAUCUCGAAGAUCUUGAAGAUGACGACGAAGAGAACAAUGCCUCUGGAUCGGACGAAGACCACCCCGCCGCCACAGGCGCCAACCGUGGCCGAUCCGUCCCCAAGCGCAACGACCCUACCGCAUUCUCAACCUCCAUCUCCAAGAUUCUGGCAACAAAACUUCCCACAUCCGCACGGGCUGAUCCCGUUCUUUCAAGAAGUCAGUAUGCCGCAAAGCUAUCCAGCGAGGCAGCGAACGAGAAGCUCGACAAAGCCGCGCGGGCUAAGAUGCGCGCCGACAAGAAGGAAGAAAUGGACCGUGGUCGUAUCCGUGAUGUGAUGGGUAUCAAGCGAGGAGUGACUGGUCAGGUCACCGAGGAGGAGAAGCGUGUGCGCAAGAUGGCCCAGCGUGGUGUUGUCAAGCUAUUCAACGCUGUGCGCGCGGCUCAAGUCCGGGGUGAGGAAGCAGCCAAGGAUGAGCGCAAGAAGGGCACAAUUGGUAUGGGAGAGCGUGAGAAGGCUUCUAACGAGGUCAGCAAACAAGGAUUCCUUGAGUUGAUCAACGGAAAGAAGGGAAAGCCUUUGAAUAUCGAGGAGGCGUAA